CGAGGCCACGUGACCUCCCCCCUCUUCCAAAGCCAUGGCGGCAGUGACCGGAGAUCUCCACUUCGGGCCCGCAGCGGGCACCCGCUUCUUCUGCACCGCGAGCCGCGGCCUGGAGCCCUUCCUGCUGCGGGAGGUGCGGACGCGGCUGAGGGCCACGCAGGCAAUUCUGCCCUUCCCACCCGGGUCUCCUUCGGCAACCAGCUGCCUGCCAGCCCCUGCCCGCCACUUGCGGGGACGCGCCGCGCGCGCCCAAGGCCACGUGACCCUGAAAGCCAUGGCGGUAGCGACGGGAGAUCCCCGCUUCGGGCCUGCAGUGGGCGCCCGCUUCUUCUGCACCGCGAGCCGCGGCCUAGAACCCUUCCUGCUGCAGGAGGUGCGGGCGCGGCUGAGGGCCACGCAGGUUGAAUAUAUUUCAGGAAAAGUUUUUUUCACCACCUGUUGUGACUUGAGUAUGCUGAAAAGAUUAAAAUCUGCUGAAAGAUUAUUUUUGCUGAUUAAAAAGCAGUUUCCAUUUAAUGUUUCUUCUGUAAGUAAAGGACAAAUAUUUAAUGAAAUGGAAAAACUUAUAAACGAUGAUCCUGAAAAUUGGUUGAAUACUCUUUCAAUCUGGAAAAAUCUUCUUGAAUUUGAUGCAAAAGAGGAAGAACUUUCUCAAAAAGAUGCUAACUCACUAAAAAGAAAAGUGGGAGAAGAUGAUAAUACCAUUGCUAAGAAACUAAAAACAGAACAAGUGCAGGAGAUACACGAGAAUAAGGAAUGCCAGCGAGAAAAACAAACAGAAGAAACACUGGAGCAAGGAAACUGUAUCACUCAAAGAGAAGAACUUCAAGAAGAAGAACUUCAGAAUGAUGCAGUGGAAGCGGUCGAUACUCCUACUAAAGGGAAGCACUUGACUUUCAGAGUUUCUUGUCGCUGCAGUGGAGCCAUUGCAAAGACCUUCACGACACAGGAGAUAGGAAGAGUAAUUGGAAUUGCUCUUAAGAAACAGUUUGGAUGGAAAGUAGAUUUGAGGAAUCCAAAUUUAGAGAUCUUUAUACAUUUAAGUGACAUUUACUCUGUGGUGGGAAUUCCUGUUUUCAGGGUUCCUUUAGCCAGCAGAGCUUACAUCAAGACAGCUGGACUGAGAUCCACCAUAGCAUGGGCAAUGGCGUCUCUUGCAGAAAUUAAGGCUGGUGCAUUUGUUUUAGAUCCAAUGUGUGGACUUGGAACAAUACUUUUGGAGGCUGCAAAAGAAUGGCCAGAUGUGUAUUAUGUGGGUGCUGAUGUCAGUGACUCACAGUUACUAGGUGCGUCUGACAAUCUGAAAGCUGCAGGCCUUAAGGAUAAAAUCGAGUUACUUAAAGGCUCUGUUAUAGAAUUGCCAUUACCUUCAGAAAGUGUUGAUAUUAUUAUUUCUGACAUUCCAUUUGGGAAAAAGUUUAAGUUAGGAAAAGAUAUCAAAAGCAUUCUGCAAGAAAUGGAAAGAGUGCUUCAUGUUGGCGGGACCAUCGUGUUGCUGCUUAGUGGAGACCACCUCAGGCGCCUUAAAGGUUGUGAAGAGAGCAGCGUCUCCUUGUGUCCCAAGGGCAGCCGCACAGAUGAACCUGGAAGUGAAGAAUGCUUGAAUCCUGAAGAGAAAGCUGCCGUACCAGAGCCAGCAUGGUCUUCACUUGAAGCCAGUAACCAGGAACACUUGGACAGAAUGCCACCCUUUGGCUCUUUAGUGCCAGUGGAAUGCUACAAAGUUAGCUUGGGAAAACCAGAUGCAUUCAUAUACAAAUAUAAGAAGUCGCACUCCCCGGGGCAGUAGCAGGUCUGCCGGGUUCAAGUCCUCGUUUGUCAGCGGUACAGCCUAGAAGAGGGUGGUCUCUGGGAUCUUGACAGUGCCAGAGGGUUGCAAGUAAACAGACCUCGAUCCUCACAAGUUCGGGAAUAUGUACACUAUCAGAAUUUCUGAAACAUAGAAACUUUUAUGUUUUGUUUUGGUAUCAACUUCUUUUGAUAUUAAACUUGAUUUUUUGAACCUGUCA